CCGAAACAAAACGUUGGAUCCGUGACAUUUCUCUCUCUUUCAACCUUUCUCUUUCAGCCUGGGAAAUGGAGGGGGAUGUAGCAACAGCUGUCACUAAGGAGAAGAGUCCUGUGGGUGGCUUCUGGUGGUGUGCUGAAUUAGGAUAUUUGCACCUGAAUUCCCAUCAGGCUCAAGCUGUGGUCUUAUGUAGCCUACCCUCCAGCCAACCUUAAUCACUACACUGCUUUAACCUUUGCAGUCCAGUUGUGAUCUGGAGGCGACCCUAUCAGUGACCUAUUCAUUGCAUCCUGCUCUCCGAUUGCAGUGUCUGAGAUUUCAUCCCUCCAAGAUGGCUGACAAAAGCCCUUGGUGGAGGUCAUUCGUGGGCAAGAGAAGGAGUGCUGCCCGAGAGUCCGCCAGGGAGGCCAUGCUCGCCCAGGAGCAGCAGCAGGCCCAGGCCCAGCUGCCCGCCCAGCCUCACACCUCCACACAGGCCCAGUCCGCCGAGAGCCCCCAGCAGGCCUCUGCAGAACUCACCCACACAACCGCCGCCGCGGACCACCCUCCGGCCACGGCCACAGAACCACAGAGGCCCUGCUCGGAGAAGAGGAGCAACAGCGUCGACGACCUGGAGCCCACCUUCAACGAGUCCACCAGCCGGCGCAACCUGCGCGUGUCCCGCUCGGGACGCUUCAAGGAGAGGAAGCGGGUUCGGGUGAGUCUGCUGCAGGACGAGGAGGAGCACGCCGAGAAGUCCUCCGAUAAAGAUGGUGCCAGCGCGCCACCAGGCCAAUAGCACGGCUACAACUAUACUGUCCUUCCUGCAGAGCGAGGCAGCAGAACUGUGCACUGUACCGUCCCCUCUGUCCCCCCAGGACUGUAGGACUAGCAGGGGGGGGAAGCCACAGCACACAUCCAUCCAAAGACUCUGUGAGCUAUUUAUGUACUUCUCAAUUAUACACUUAAAUACUUAAAUGUGUUUUUUUAAUGAAUGAGUUUGGAAUGCUCCAUACAUCUGUCCAUAUGUGCGUUUAAUUGUGAAAAGAUGUUUAACUGAAUGUUCAAUUUAAAAGUGAAAUGUUUUGAAUUAUAAGGGGUCAUGGGUCAUCCAUGGGGUGUUACGUGUGUCCUCCAAACUCUCAACCUGGGAUUUGACACUGUUUACUAUAUGGAAUGGUAGAUUAUAAUGAUAGUCACGAGUCUUGAACAAUUGUAUUUCUCAUGGACAAGACAACAGGAGUAGUCUACCUAUAGAAAUAUUUCUGUCUCUGAGCCCACUACUAAAUGUGUUUCUGUAGUCAGGGCUCUCUGGAUUUAUAAAUCAAAACAUGACUUGAAGAUGCUUUGAAAUUACAUGACACUAUCUUGUACAACUCAUGAACUACUACACAGCUAACCUAGGGUUAAUCUAGGAUAAAGCGCUUGACAAAUAAUGUUAAACUAUCAUGUUGGUGCCUAUAAAUGUAAUUGAAUUGACAUUUGAUAGGAUUAUGUUUGAGAGAUCUUGGGCACUGGUUGCAUUCAGUAGAUAGACUGUCCUAGGCCUGUGUGGGUACUUUGCUUUUCAGAAACAUAAUUUAAACCAAGUCUGACACAAAAUACUAUCAACUGUUUGUGUAACUCAUUGUCUGCCUUUUAAUUAGCAUGUUUGUGAGUUAUGAAAGUAAUUUCAUAGAAAAGCACUCAGAGAGCGCAGACCUCCGCCAAGCGAAAACAUGACCGCCUCCUGGAUCCAGACGUUGAUACGGAUCACUCCUAAAAUGUAAUAGUUUUUUCCUUGGGUUAUUUCAAACCUUUCCUGAAACUUUCAUCGAAAUCCAUCCAUAACUUUAUGAGUUAUCUUGCUAACAGACAAACAAACCCUGAUGAAAACAUAACCUCCUUGACGGAGGUAAUGAAAUGUUAUUAACUCAUAAAGAACAGAAACCGUUCCAAUGGACUGCACAGACAGAGGCAAUGAGUAGAUACAAGUUGCACACAUUACCAAAACACAGAGAUGCUUCAAAAAUAGUACCUCAACGAUUUCAGGAAGUUGAACUGUGACAAGUGUCCCUCAAUAUCAGACUGUACUCUCUAUGGUCCAUCCAAGGUUUUUUUUUAUUUAUUUUUUUAAGUGCAUUCCCAUUAGAGCAAAUUUAUUCUGCAAAUGUUGGAUUGACGGCACCACAACAUUGGUGGAUAAGAGUAUCAUUGAUUAGAAUGUAGACUUUGUUUC